UCCAAAGCCUGCACCAGAGGACACGCCUCUUUUCCAUGAUACUUGACGCCAAUCAUCAUUUGACGGAUACAUUGUGUAAUAGGUGGAGUUUAAGGAGCUUUGAAAUUCAUUUUAUGAACUUACACCCUUUUGGACCCUGAGAGGAGAGAACGAUAACCUGGAAUCCGUUUUUAAACGGAACGACCAUUCACCUUCAGCUGUUCCAGGUCCCUGUUGAUCACACUUUAACAUGUUCAAACUUUCGGUAGGCUUCGCAUUGGUGACUCUGGUUGCUUGCUUGCAGUGCCCCAGCGAUGAUGGUUGUGAGGCAGGCCAGACAUGCUGCCAGGCUCCCAAUGGAGAUGUCAGCUGCUGCCCCUAUCAUCAUGGAGAGUGUUGUGAAGACCACCUCCAUUGUUGUCCUGAGGGUAUGAUGUGCCAAGUUAUGGAGUCUGUGUGCCAGAAUGCAACACAUUCACUUCCAUGGGUGGAGAGGAUGGAAGUUGAACAGACAAGCCUUCCCAAAUCUUUUAGAAUGAUUCCCUCAUUACCUGCAAGUGAAAGUGAAAUCACCUGUCUGGACGGUUCCUACUGCCCCGCCGAGUUCUCUUGUCUGCUCAUGUCCACAUCAUACGGCUGCUGUCCAGUCGCGCAGGGAAUCGUUUGUUGGGAUGGAAAACACUGCUGUCCAAAAGGCCAUGAAUGCAGUGCAGACAGCAGUUCCUGUGUCAAACACAAAGCAGAUGAGACUGUUCUUUGUGGAGAUGGGAAUUCGGAAUGUCCAGUGGACACCACCUGUUGUGAGACAGAAGUGGAUGGACAAUGGGCAUGCUGCCCUAUGCCAAAGGCUGUAUGCUGUGACGAUAAAGUUCACUGUUGUCCAGAGGACAGUAUCUGUGAUGUCCAAAGCUCCAAAUGCUUGUCCUCUACCAAUCAGGACCUGCCAAUGUGGGCCAAGUUCCCUGCUCGCCUUAGGGCUGAAUGGGAAGACCACAGGCCAGCAGCAGUUGUUACUCCAGAAAUGAGCACUGAAGCUGAACCCACUACAAAUCAAAUCACUACUGCUCUCAGCCAAGAAGAAUUCUUAGAGAUGACUAUGUAUUCUGGCUUUAACGUUCCCUGUAAUGACACUGCGGCCUGUGCUGAUAAUACCACAUGCUGUAAGACUAAAGAUGGAGGAUGGGCCUGCUGUCCGCUACCAGAGGCUGUUUGUUGUGAUGAUUUCAUCCACUGCUGUCCUCAUGGUCAGACGUGUGAUGUGGCUGCCGGUUCGUGUGAUGGCCUGUUAGGUUCUGUGCCUUGGUAUGAGAAGUUUCCUGUGCAACCAAUCAGUACUAAGAAUAUGGCUAAAUCGAAAAACUCUAACGUUCCCUGUAAUGACACUGCGGCCUGUCCUGAUAAUUCCACAUGCUGUAAGACUAAAGAUGGAGGAUGGGCCUGCUGUCCACUACCAGAGGCUGUUUGUUGUGAUGAUUUCAUCCACUGCUGUCCUCAUGGUCAGACGUGUGAUGUGGCUGCUGGUUCGUGUGAUGGCCUGUUAGGUUCUGUCCCUUGGUAUGAGAAGUUUCCUGUGCAACCAAUCAGUACUCAGAAUAUGGCUAAAACGAAAAACUCUAACGUUCCCUGUAAUGACACUGCGGCCUGUGCUGAUAAUACCACAUGCUGUAAGACUAAAGAUGGAGGAUGGGCCUGCUGUCCGCUACCAGAGGCUGUUUGUUGUGAUGAUUUCAUCCACUGCUGUCCUCAUGGUCAGACGUGUGAUGUGGCUGCUGGUUCGUGUGAUGGCCUGUCAGGUUCUGUGCCUUGGUAUGAGAAGUUUCCUGUGCAACCAAUCAGUACUCAGAAUAUGGCUAAAACGAAAAACUCUAACGUUCCCUGUAAUGACACUGCGGCCUGUGCUGAUAAUACCACAUGCUGUAAGACUAAAGAUGGAGGAUGGGCCUGCUGUCCACUACCAGAGGCUGUUUGUUGUGAUGAUUUCAUCCACUGCUGUCCUCAUGGUCAGACGUGUGAUGUGGCUGCCGGUUCGUGUGAUGGCCUGUCAGGUUCUGUGCCUUGGUAUGAGAAGUUUCCUGUGCAACCAAUCAGUACUCAGAAUAUGGCUAAAACGAAAAACUCUAACGUUCCCUGUAAUGACACUGCGGCCUGUGCUGAUAAUACCACAUGCUGUAAGACUAAAGAUGGAGGAUGGGCCUGCUGUCCACUACCAGAGGCUGUUUGUUGUGAUGAUUUCAUCCACUGCUGUCCUCAUGGUCAGACGUGUGAUGUGGCUGCUGGUUCGUGUAAUGGCCUGUUAGGUUCUGUCCCUUGGUAUGAGAAGUUUCCUGUGCAACCAAUCAGUACUAAGAAUAUGGAUGACACGAAAAAGUUUAACGUCCCCUGUAAUGACACUGCGGCCUGUCCUGAUAAUUCCACAUGCUGUAAGACUAAAGAUGGAGGAUGGGCCUGCUGUCCGCUACCAGAGGCUGUGUGUUGUGAUGAUUUCGUCCACUGCUGUCCUCACGGUCAGACGUGUGAUGUGGCUGCUGCGACAUGUAGUGGCCCAUCAGGUUCUAUGUCUUGGUUUGAGAAGUUCCCAGUGCAGCCAAUCAGCACUCAAAAUUUGGCUUUAACACAAGAUGUGAGCUGUGACUCAAGUCACAUCUGUCCUGAAUCCAACACUUGCUGUAAGAACAUUGAUGGAGAUUGGAACUGCUGUCCUAUGCCUGAGGCUGUAUGCUGCAGUGAUGGAGAACACUGUUGUCCGACUGGCUAUAAGUGUGAUGUGAGCAAAGUGUCCUGCAUCCAGGACGACGUGGUGAUUCCAUGGUACAAUAAAAUCACGGCCCAAAGCACACCAGCUCCAAGUGCAGGCUCUGUGUCAUGCGAUGAAAAGUUUAGUUGCUCAACAGGAUCUACCUGUUGCCGCAUGUUCACAGGAGAAUGGGGCUGCUGCCCUAUUACUGAGGCUGUUUGCUGCCCAGAUCAUGAGCAUUGCUGUCCUAAAGGUUACACAUGUGAUUUGGGUGGGAGCUCCUGCGUAAAGAACCUUUGGGUGCAAGUGGACAGAGUCCCACUAACCCAGAUUGGAGACAAAAAGACACAAAAAAUUAACUCGGCAGAGGACAUUCAGUGUGGGGAUGAAUAUAGUUGCCCCGGUGGUGAGACCUGUUGUCCGAACUCUGAGACCAGCUGGGCAUGUUGUCCAUAUGCAAAGGCGGUGUGCUGUGAUGACAUGAAACACUGCUGUCCUGCUGGAUACAAAUGUGGCGAUGAUAGUACUUGUAUUAAAGCUUCAGGCCCCAAAUGGAGCAGCUGGAGUGUGUUUUUCCAGAAAAAGAAAUUUGAAAUGUCUGUAUGAAAACGCAUGCUCUUGUCUCGUUGUCCUUAUUGUGUGGGAUUGUUUUCAAUUUUAAAAUGAUGGAAGUGCUAAUCAGAGCUAAUCAAAAGAUGAGGGUGAAGCAAUUUAGUUUAUUUGCACUAGAAAUUGAAUUUAUUAAUUAACAGAUUAUUUUGUUAUCGAACGUGUCAUUAUUGUGAAGUGUGAACAUUGUGAUCAGAAUUCUACACAUUUUCCAGUAGCCUACUUAGGCUGAAUAAAUGUGAAAUAAGGAAUUUGGUGUAAAGACGUUUAGAUAAGCAACGUACGCCCUCUAGUGGCUGCAUUGACUGUCACGUCAGUAAAAGUGCACAAAUGUUACGAACUGCAGAUUACCUUUGGAAAUAUGUUGCUUAAACAUGCUCUCGGAAAGUGGAUAAUUCACACUUCAACCUGGAAAUCAACUAACGUUUAACAACUGAUUUCUGUAAAUUCUGCCUUAUUGAUCUAGAGCUUUAAUCCAUUACAAUGUUUGAGCUAACAGAUAACUAAGAAAAUAAUUCCACAAUAAACAUGUGAAGACAAAUAAAGGACA